AAAAUAUACACAAGAGGAAUGCAGUGGGAGAAACAAAACUGCAUCAGGCAUCAAAGAAAGGAGAUGUUUCGCGUGUUAGAGAACUUCUUGAUGCGGAAAUAAAUGUAAAUGUAAAAGAUAAUGCAGGUCAGCGCCUUCUUUAAUUUACUGUAUUUUCAAUUGCAAACACUAUUUUCUCAAUUCAAUUGCUUGUUUAUUUCUAGGCUGGACAGCAAUUCAUGAAGCAUCAUGUAAAGGAUUCACAGAAGUAAUGGAGUUAUUACUUCAGGCAGGUGCCAAUGUUAACUGCAGAGGCCUGGAUGGUGUUCGUCCAAUACAUGAUGCUGUGUCUGGGAAUCACUUUAAG